AGCCACACCUUCUUGCCAUCAGUAGUCCAGUUACACUACCGGCAACUACUACUACUACUACUACCACUACUACUACCAUCACCGACAUUAUGAAUUCAAAGGUCACUGCCUUGAUUCUGGUGGGCUUGGUCGCUACCUGUGUAGGGGACUCCGCCCCCUCCUACCACCCCCCUGCUCCCACCUACCACGCGCCCGCCCCCUCCUACCACCCGCCCGCCCCCUCCUACCACGAGGACACCAAGCCGUACAACUUUGCCUACGGCGUGAAGGACGACUACGCCGGCACAGACUUCGGCCAGCAGGAGGACAGCGACGGCAACACUGUGCGCGGCUCCUACACCGUGCAGCUCCCCGACGGCCGCAAGCAGACCGUGAACUACGAGGCGGACCACUACAAGGGCUUCCAGGCGCAGGUGGACUACUACGGUGAGGCCCAGUACCCCCACGAGUACGGCCCCGCGGUGACCUUCAAGCCCCAGGCGUACGGUCAACCCUCCUACCACCCCCCCGCCCCCUCCUACCACCCUGAACCCGUCUACCAGCCUGAGCCCGUCUACCAACCCGAGCCUGCCUACCACCCAUAAGUUGGUUAGGUUAGGUUAGGUUGUGGUGUUUGGGUUGGUAUUUGGUGUUUCGAGCCUGCCUACCACUCCCCUGAUCCUGUCUACCACCCAUAAGUUGGUUAGGUUACGUUAGGUUAGGUUAGGUUAUGGUGUUUGAGUGAGUAUUGAGAACCAGUCUAUCACCUCACAUUGCAUUCCUACCUCCCUGAACCUGCCUAUCCUGAGCCUGUCAACAAACUGAGCCGAUCUACCUCCUAUAAGUUGGUUGAGUUAGUUUAUGUUUAGUUUGGGUUAGGUUAGGUUAGGUUAGUUAGGUUCUGGUAUGUAGGUUAGUGUUAGACAUCCCGAAAUCCAGAUACUAACAGAACCCUACCAUUUGCCUACCAGAACCCUCCUGCCCUGCCUAUUACAACCUGUCCUGUCUACCAACUUGACCGUUCUUGCCACCCACAAUUUGGUUAGGUCAGGUUAUUAGGGUUGUGUUAGGCAUGUCGAAAACCAGCUAUUAACAGAACCGCACCACUUGCCUACCAGAACCCUCCCUCCGAUCCACCGAAACCAGUUCUUGUCAAUCAUACACUCCUUGAUGGUCAUUCUACCGUAGACGACCAGUCAGAACUAUCCUACCAGCUACCAGAACUACCUCCAAAAACUUGCUUAGAUUUGUUUGUAGACAAGAGCUUUAGUUCUUAGACAAUGUUGAUAUAGUCUACCAUGUACUACCAGCUACAACUGCCCUAGAACUAUUUGUCAGACCUUUUCUACAGCUACCAGAACCAACUUGAACCUGUCUACCACCAAUGAGCUCUCUAUACUAAACGGUUCUUUAGAUAACAAUAGAUCACAAUUUUCUACCAUCAACCAUCCUACCAGCUAUCAGAACCAUUCGACCAGACCUAGAACCUCUCUAACACGAUUAAUCUGCUCAGAAUGUGACACCAGCAGUUAUAUCAAUACCACCAAUUAGAACCUUCCUACCAUCUGCCAAAACCGGUCUAACAUCUACCAGAAACCACCGUGUUUAAUCGGGGUAUUGUGGUUUGCUAGAUACUAUAGUUAAGGGUUUUCUAGACUCUAUACUUAUAUGGUUAUCUCAACACUAUACUUAAACUGGUAUCUAGCUAAUAUUGAAGUGUUAAUGGGGAAGCUUGGCAAUUCGACCGCAUCUCUACCAUCUCAAACCAUACGACCACCGACCAGACCAUUUCUGUCCCCCAAAGACCAUCGUAUAGUUGAGGUUUAAAAGGAUUGAAUAGGAUCGGGUUCUCGUUUAAAGGGAUCGUGUACUAUUAAAAGGAUUCUGGCUCACUGUUUCAAGGAUUAUGGAGGACUACCGCGUAAAACUAGUUCAUUAUUGUUGCUUUUGUUGUUCAUUCUUGUUGUUUAUUUUUUGUUGUUAAUGUGUUUUUUGUUUUUUUUUGGCUUGAUUUGUUAAUAAACAUUCUAGAGAGAAUUA